UAUAGCUGUGCUGCCAUCCCCAUAGCUGGUCCAUGUCAGAAGGAUUUGGCUAUCAUUCAUCGAUUCUCUAUCAUCCUGCAGCCCUUAUCUGUUCUUGGAUCUAGAGGAGAAAUAUAGAACAAGCCAAGGUUACUGAAAAGACCCAGCACAGGGUAGGUCAAUAGGCUCAGUGCUGAAAGCAAAUGACGUCCUUGUGAGGAAAAGAACGUCAAAUAUUAGUUUGUUGGCAAGGUACUAAAUGACUUUCCCAAAGUAACAGGAACUUUAAAAGAAGCAGUCCAGGCCUUUUUCUUAUAUUGUACAUCAUAGGCUACUAUUAGAGAAUAAGCCUAAGAUGUCAAAUGUGUAGAAUAAAUGGCUUCCAAAGUGACCGAUGCAAUAGUUUGGUACCAGAAAAAGUUUUCAGCCAUAGACGGUAAUCUACUUAGAGACUUGGAAGACAUCUUGAUUGGAGCUUAUGACCAACAAAUAUGGGAGAAAUCUGUGGAACAAAGGGAAAUCAAGGGUUUAAGAAACAAGCCAAAGAAAACUGGGCAUGUAAAACCAGACCUGAUUGACGUGGAUCUUGUGAGAGGGUCUGCAUUUGCGAAGGCAAAACCAGAAAGUCCAUGGACAUCUCUUACAAGAAAAGGAAUAGUUCGAGUUGUAUUUUUUCCAUUUUUCUUUAAAUGGUGGCUUCAAGUAACCUCAAAGGUCAUUUUCUCAUGGCUGCUUCUACUAUAUCUCCUUCAAGUUGCCUCUGUAGUAUUAUUUAUCAUAUCACCUGGGCCUCACUGUGUACCACUUACUGAAGUUAUUGGGCCAAUAUGGUUAAUGCUGCUACUUGGAACAGUUCAUUGUCAGAUUGUAUCAACACGGACAGUUAAAUCACCUCCAGUCAUAGGCGGAAAAAGGAGAAGGAAAUUAAGAAAAGCAGCACAUUUGGAAGUUCAUAGGGAAGGCGAUGGCUCUAGUACCACAGAUAAUACACAAGAGGGGACUUUGCAGAACUACGGUACAAGCACUUCUCACAGUAUUGGCGCAGUCUUCAGAGAUAUCUGGCAUGCUGCUUUCUUUUUAUCAGGUUCAAAGAAAGCCAAAAAUUCCAUCGACAAAUCUACAGAAACUGACAAUGGUUACGUGUCAUUAGAGGGGAGAUUAACAGGGAAAAGCAGCGAGGAUGGGGUUCAAGUGCAUGAGCCGCAAAAUGAAUCUAUCCAUUGUGAAGAGACUACGUGGGCGUCAGCAACAAACAGAACACAUCAGAUCCAAUCUAAGACUAUGUACAAUAAAUCCAAAAUGGAUGUGCAGAGGUCGCCGGCUAACAUCUCAGAUGAGGUCUCCAGUGAAGAUGACCCAAGCACAGGAUACACGGCACGUCGUAGUAUGGAUCGUCCUCAUGGUGACUGCAUGCUUAGGAACAGAAAGACUCAUCAUUACAAAAAGCAUUAUACAACUGAGGACAUUCAAAAAUCAGGAACCAGUUGUAGUUCUCGUUGCUCAAGUUCUCGACAAGACUCUGAAAGCGCCCGGCCAGAGUCUGAGACAGAAGAUGUUCUUUGGGAAGACCUACUGCACUGUGCCGAGUGUCGCUCUUCCUGCAGUAGUGAGACCGAUGUAGACACCAACCAUGGAAACCCGUGUAUGAAGAGGGAAUUCAGAGAUGAUCCAUUUCACCAGAGUCAUUUGCCUUGGCUACACAGUUCUAAUCCAGGUCUUGAAAAAGUCAGUGCUAUAGUGUGGGAGGGCAAUGACUGCAAGAAAGCAGAUAUGUCUGUUCUGGAGAUUAGUGGGAUGAUCAUGAAUCGGGUGAACAGCUACACACCAGGAAUUGGUUAUCAGAUGUUUGGAAACUUUAUCUCUCUUAUUCUUGGAUUAACUCCAUUUGCCUUCAGACUGUCUGAAUCCAGAGACUUGGAGCAGCUGGCAACACUUUCUGCCUGUGAAAUUUACAACAUUGCUUUUGGUUCCAGCACAGACAUCAUGGUCAUUUCCAUGGUGGUUAUUAGUUUUGUGGUUCGGGUUUCCCUGGUGUGGAUUUUCUUUUUCUUAUUGUGUGUAGCAGAGAGGACAUACAAACAGAGAUUACUGUUUGCAAAAUUAUUUGGUCAUUUGACUAGUGCUAGGAGAGCUAGAAAAUCUGAAGUUCCACACUUUCGCCUAAAGAAGGUCCAAAAUAUAAAAAUGUGGCUGUCUCUUCGUUCAUACCUAAAGCGGAGAGGCCCCCAACGUUCAGUUGAUGUAAUAGUUUCUUCAGCUUUCUUACUGACCAUAUCGGCGGUGUUCAUUUGCUGUGCACAGCUUCUUCAUAUUCAUGAAACUUUUUUGGAAUGUCACUACAACUGGGAACUAGUAAUUUGGUGCAUUUCAUUAUCUCUCUUUUUAUUGAGAUUUGUUACACUUGGAUCAGAAACCAGCAAAAAAUAUAGCAAUACCUCAAUAUUGUUGACAGAACAGAUCAAUUUGUACUUGAAAAUGGAGAAGAAACCAAACAAGAAAGAGGAGCUGACACUUGUCAACAAUGUGCUAAAAUUAGCUACGAAGCUAUUAAAAGAAUUGGACAGUCCCUUUAGAUUAUAUGGUCUGACAAUGAAUCCCCUGCUUUACAAUAUCACGCAGGUGGUUAUUUUAUCAGCAGUUUCUGGUGUUAUCAGUGAUCUCCUGGGAUUUAAUCUCAAGCUAUGGAAGAUCAAAUCAUGACACUGAACAGAGGGAUUUUCUACCAGUUCUCCGGAGCAUGAUUACUGACUUUCUGGCGUAAAACAAGCUGCCUCACAACGGUUACGUGCUUAUGUCCAGAAGCCGAGGCUUAUUGCAAGACCUAGUUUUCAAAACUGAAGUGUUUACAUCUGACUGACUUGUGCAAUUCCUUUAUUUAUUUUACCUUGUCAGUGUUUAUUGUUUUUUUUUUUAUUUAAUUUUUUUAUUCUUAUUUUAGCCUUCAUCAGCCUGUGAUGUUAGAUUUAUGCUUCUAUUCAUCAAGGCAAGGCAACCAGCACCUCUGGAUAAGCUCCCCAGCUAGUGGAGAGCCUAGAUUUGACACGUGUAUUUGUUGUGAGGGUUUUGCCCUUAUGGUUGUGUGAAGAACCAGUGGCAAGAAUACAAAAAGAGUAAAUAUGACUGAACUGGACACUCAAAAGUUGUCAUCUAUUGAGGAAUAAAGCCUCCAAUUUCAUUGUUCCUCAGUUUUGUCAACUGUUAGGAAACGUUCAUGCAGUUUGAGCAGUUUUUCUAGAACUUGAGCUCAAUGAUAGAAGAUCCAGAACACCAUAAGCUAAUCAGCCUUGUUGGAAUUUGACAUUUAUCGAUGAAUGUGGAUUGCAUUAAUUAUUACAUUUUCUUUGGGAUUACUAUUGAUCAAGUUGAAUCAUUCUGAAUCAUUGGCCAUCAUUUGUUUUCUCAGAAAACAAACCUUAAUGGGGGUUUCAAGGAGAGCUAUCACUGUUUUAUCUUUAUUUAUAGAUCCCGUGUUAAAACCACAUUGGAUAGAAAGCGCCAGCUUUAA